CGGGGCCAGGAAGAGGGGAGCGCGCCGGGUAGCGCAGCUGCGGGCGUGGGGGUGGCAGGAGCCGCGGAGCCGGCACCGAGAGCGGCUGCCGAGGAGCGGGCGGCCGAGACAAAGGCCACGGUGAGACCAGGUUUUGAGUCUGGAGUUUUGAGUAAAGCCUCCAAUCCAAAUGAGAAGAAACCUUCAAGGAACAACUGGUGACAGUCAAUGUGCAGAGUCAUCUGUGUGCCACCAAUGGGGUGUCGUCAACCCAGAGAUAACUGAAUGGAUGGCUGCAUUGUUGAGGGGUGACUACCUGCUGUAAGCUCUGGGUUCAAGACAACAAUUGUUACAUUUCCUGGUGAUGCAGGAGCAUGUCUCUGUAGAACCAGAAGCAAAGCAAGAAAGUGAUCUGUCCUUUUUGCUUUAACUUGUGGAAGAAACUUGACUUUCAGAAAAAAAGCACAGUAAAACAAAAUUAUUAUUUUGCCUUCAUUGGACAUUCAUCCUUUUGAGAACUAUACUUCGUGGCACCUUCUGAGUUGAACUUAGGAAUUCUUGCUGCUGCUAACCUGUACCUCGAACUCUAAGCAUGAGUGAAUUCUGGUUGUGUUUCAACUGCUGUAUUGCAGAACAGCCUCAGCCUAAACGGCGACGACGGAUUGACCGAAGUAUGAUUGGAGAGCCAACCAACUUUGUGCACACAGCUCACGUGGGGUCAGGAGACCUCUUCAGCGGGAUGAACUCUGUCAGCUCCAUUCAGAACCAGAUGCAGUCCAAGGGUGGCUACGGCGGGGGCAUGGCUGCCAAUGUGCAGAUGCAGCUGGUGGACACGAAGGCGGGCUAGUGCGGCUGCUCCCCGUGAGUACCCGGCGUCGACCACGCUGC